AUGGGAGUACAGCACCAAGUCAUCAUAGGACUUUUGGCCGCCAUCUUUCUUAUAGGCCCAAUCAGUGCUGAACUCUACGAGCGUAAUUGUUCGAUGAAUACAGAUGGCAGGACACUCUCGUGCUACACAUGUAUGGGUCGCGACAUGAAAAACUGUGAGCAUGGACUGACGUGCUGUAGUGGCUCCUGUUUCAAAUUGGUCGAUCGAGAACACGACAUGAUUGUGAAAGGAUGCACAAAUGGCGAUGAAGAAGAUGCUUCAAUGAAAAUCCGUACACUUGACAUGCAACUUUACUGGGUCAAUAAUGAGAAAGUGACAGGUCAAUCAUUUUUCUGCAAAGGAAAGGAUUUCUGCAAUACCUCACCUGUUCCUCUGCUCAUCACUUCAGUUGCUAUCGUACCUCUGCUACGAUAUUUUCUAUGA